GACCUGGACCUGGACCUGGACCUGGACCUGGGCCUGGGCCUGGACCUGGACCUGGACCUGGGCCUGGGCCUGGACCUGGGCCUGGGCCUGGACCUGGAGGGUCCGUGGAGUCUAAACUGGGUCUUUCCUGUCUCAGCCCCACAGUCAGAUCCAGCUGUUCCAGAAGGAGGGGGCGGGGACUCCACUGGCUGAAGCCCACGUGACUCCAGAUGUUUUCUGGUCUGGGUUUGAGGAAGUGAAGGAGCUGCGGUUAAAGGUCGAGUUUUGGAAGUUGAAGAACCAGAAGAGUCGUCAUGUCGGCCAUAGCAAUUCUGAGACGUAAUAAAACAGGCUUUCAGUGGAUUCUGUCAGCAGACCCCCACCUCCUCAUCCAAAAACUUCUUCAAGAACAUCUAAUAACACUCCAUCAACACUGGUACCUCAAACUAAAUAAAACCAGUGAAGAGCUGGUCACCGAGGUCUUGGAUUUAAUCCAAAAUAAAGGAGAAACCAUGUGCUGUCGUUUCCUGGAGCUUCUGCGAACUGAUGAAGACCUUAAAGCUGCUUUUCCAGGUUUACAGGAGACACUCAGAGAUUAUGUGGAUCCAGAGACACGAGACGAGAUCAAAAAGAUGAACCUCCUCAGUGUUCUGGAAGAACUGGAAGAUGAAGAAUUUACGAAGUUCAAGUGGGGACUUUAUGAAGACCCUAUGAUCUCACGGUCUUGGCUGAAAAAGACAGGAAGGACGGAUGUAGUCGAUCUGAUGAUGGACUCACAUGAUGGACCUGGAUCCUGGAUGAAGAUCAGGAGGGUUUUACAGAGGAUGGACAGGACUGAUCUGGUCCAGAGGCUGACAGAGAUCUCCUCAGAACCAGGAGGUGAAGGUGGACCAAAGACCCAGACUCCAGAGGAGAGACACAAGAUGAACCUCCUCCGUUUUCUGGAAGAACUGAAAGAUGAAGAAUUUAAGGAGUUCAAGAGGAAACUAAAAGAAGAACCUAUGCUCAGAUGGUUCUGGGUGAAAAAGGCAGAAAGGACGGAUGUAGUCGAUCUGAUGAUGGAGUCAUAUGUUGGAGGUAAAACUUGGAUGGAGACCAGGAGGGUUUUAGAGGACAUGAACAGGACUGAUCUGGUCCAGAGGCUGACAGAGAUCUACUCAGAACCAGGAGGUGAAAGUGGAGCAAAGACCCAGACUCCAGAGGAGAGAAAAAAGAUGAACCUCCUCAGUGUUCUGGAAAAACUGGACGAUGAAGAAUUUAAGGAGUUCAAGGGGAAACUUAAAGAAGAACCUAUGUUCAGAUGGUUCCGGGUGGAAAAGGCAGAAAGGACGGAUGUAGUCGAUCUUAUGAUGGACUCAUAUGGUGGAUCUGGUUCCAGGAUGGAGACCAGGAAGGUUUUAGAGGACAUGAACAGGACUGAUCUGGUCCAGAGGCUGACAGAGAUCUACUCAGAACCAGGAGGUGAAGGUGGACCAAAGACCCAGACUCCAGAGGAGAGCAAAGAGAUGAACCUCCUCAGUGUUCUGAAAGAACUGGAAGAUGAAGCAUUUAAGGAGUUCAAGAGGAGACUUUAUGAAGACCCUACGUUCCCAAGGUUCCAACAGAUAAAGGCAGAAAGGACGGAUGUAAUCAAUCUGAUGAUGGACAGAUAUGGUGGAUCUGUAUCCAGGAGGGUUUUAGUGGACAUGAACAGGACUGAUCUGGUCCAGAGGCUGACAGAGAUCUACUCAGAACCAGGUGAAGGUGGACCAAAGACCCAGACUCCAGAGGAGAGACACAAGAUGAACCUCCUCAGUGUUCUGGAAGAACUGAAAGAUGAAGAAUUUAAGAUGUUCAAGAGGAAACUUUAUGAAGACCCUAUGUUCCAAUGGUCCCGGCUGGAAAAGGUAGAAAGGACAGAUGUAGUCGAUCUGAUGAUGGACUCAUAUGGUGGAGCUAUAACUUGGAUGGAGACCAGGAGGGUUUUAGAGGACAUAAAGAGGACUGAUCUGGUCCAGAGGCUGACAAAGAUCUACUCAGAACCAGGAGGUGAAGGUGGACCAAAGACCCAGACUCCAGAGGAGACUCAAAGACCAAUGGAGACCCGGGAGCCAUAUCAUAGUCUGCGUGAUCGGUUUGUGUCUUAUAUCCGCAGGGUGGAACUUCUGAGUCACUCAGCAUCCAGGUCAUGGAGCACAAAUAUGGAGAGGAUCCUCCAGGACUUUCUGGAUUCACUGACACAGGAUCAGUUUGAUGAGUUCAAGCAGCACCUCAAGGAUGGAGAUGUGUUUAUGAGGGAGUCCAACCUGGAAACUGCAUCAAGGAGAAACACAGUGAAGAUAAUGUUCCAGAUGUGUGGUGCAUCUGGAGCCAUGAAGAACACCGGGGGGGUUUUAAAGAAGAUGGGAAGGAUUGAUCUGGUCCAGAGGCUGUCAAAGCUCUGCUCAACACUAGAAGGUCCAUCCACUUCAGACCCAUUCGCAUCAGACCCCUCCAUCCCAGGUCCAUCAACAUCAGGCAUGUCCACCCCAAGUCUGACCCCGUCAGACAUGUCCAUAUCAGAGCCAUCCACCCCAAGUCCAUCCACAUCAGACAAAAACCUGAGGGUGUGUGAGGAUGUCACAGAGGACUGUGUGGAUGAAGAUGAUGAGAUGAAUCCUCAUGGUACAGAGAAACAGCAGUUUGUCUGCACAGAGGCUCAGGCUGGACCAUCUGACUGGGAGGAGUUCACACCCGAAGAUUCAGCAGAGUCUGGAACAACUAUGUACAGGUUCAGGUGUCCCCGUUCAGGUUCAUUCCAUUGUACUCGGACUGGAUUGGUGUUUGUCGUGCAUAAGGAGGCGGGCCUUCAGUACAGGACUGUCCAAUGGGAUGAGGACCUCCUGGAGUCAGCUAGUAGGACACCUGCAGGGCCGCUGUUCAGUAUCGAGUGUCCAGAUAACGCUGUUCGUCAGCUCCACUUCCCACACUGUGAGAUAGAACCUGCUCCAAUCUGUGAAAACCUGCUGUCCAUCGCCCACAUCACUAACCAUGGAAUGAGCUUCAUUGAUGCGCUGGAGAUCACAGACACUCAUGUGGUCAUCGAUGUCCCACAUUUGUCUUCAUUUGGCGUCAGUUCGAGGCAUAGAAGAGGAACUAGACAAGUUAGAGGCCAAGUUCUGCUGUUCCUCACACCACCAAACACACUAGAAAUGCAUCUCCUGUCAAUCAACGUCAACGUGGACGAUGUAAAAGCUUUCGUGAAAAAAGAGGAGCCUAGAGCUAUGUACCUCAGGGUGCCUGCUUCAUGCAAACUCAUCACAGAACACAAGUACAGCGUUGACUGCUGUUAUGAAGACGAGCAAAUACACUAUAAAGAAAAAGUGUUUGACCUGAACUUUGGACCAAAUUAUCACAUGAUGUUUGAAAUCCGGCUUCCACCGACAACAACAGAAGUUUCUUUAACAGUCAAAGACCAAAACAACACAGAAGUCUGGAAUCAUAACAUGAACCUGCCUGCUCCUGCUGCAUUUAAGAGGCCUCAGCAGGAUCUCCCACCAAAGAAGAAGCUGCUUUCAGUUGGAAGGAGACAAUGGAGACAACAACUGUGUAGAAGAAGAAAAAUCGGUGGAAAAUACAAGAGGAAGACGAAGAGGCAGCUCCUCAGUGUUCUGGAAGAUCUGGGACACAGUGAAUUUGAGAUCUUCAAGUGGUUCCUUAACCAGAAAAAACUGGGUGACAUUUCGCCAAUUGGAAAGCAGCAGCUGGAGAAUGCAACGGCAGUCCGUGUAGUUGAUCUGAUGGUGCAGAGGUAUGAGGAGUCGGGAGCAGUGGAGGUGACCAGGAGGGUUUUAAAGAACAUGAACAUGAAUGAGCUGAGGAAGAAGCUGAGAAACCUGCACUAAGGAUCAGAAGCCGCUACUGAGGAAUCAGCAGAACAUCUACCAGGGGAGAAGAUGUCUUCAGUUCACUUUGACUUGUUGAUCAUGUGACUGAUCCUGUUCUGAACCGGCUGCUGAUGACACUGAGUCCGUUUACGUGCACACCAGUACUCCGAUCAUUAUCCGAUGUCUGGAGUUCUCAGAUUAUUCAGGUGAUCAUGUAAACAGGAUAAUCUGAUUGUCUUUAUCCGAUAACAGUAAUCUGAUUAUGAGAAAUCGGAUUAACACACCUGGAUUUCUCCCCAAUACUCUGAUGUCUUCAUGCAUGUAUACAGGUUAAUCUGGUUUCUUUCGUUCUUUAACAUCUGCGCUUGUGUUAAAAAAAAAAAAAGAAUCUAUGUGAACAGAAGUUACGCUGCGACAAUGU